AUGGUAGUACCGGGAUUUGUAUUUGGGCUGGUGCUACCUUUAAUCCUGGCGGCCGGCACAAAUGCAGAUGUUGGUUUUCGCUUCGCCUCAUACAUCAAUAAUUACAUGGUGCUGCAGAAGGAGCCUGCCGGGGCAGUGAUUUGGGGCUAUGGCAUAUCGGGGGCCACCGUGACAGUGACUCUGUACCAACAGCAGGAAGCCAUCAUGAAGAAAGUGACAAGUGUGAAAGCACGCUCUCACAGCUGGAUGGUGGUAUUGGAUCCUAUGAAGCCUGGUGGACCUUACAAGGUGAUGGCACAGCAGACUUUCAGGAGGAAGAACAUCACCCUGAGAGUUCAUGAUGUCUUAUUUGGAGAUGUCUGGCUUUGCAGUGGGCAAAGUAACAUGCAGAUGACGGUUUCCCAGGUAUUCAAUGCCACAAAAGAGCUGGCUAACACUGCGGCCUAUCAGUCUGUCCGCAUCUUCUCCGUGUCACUCAUUCAGGCAGAGCAGGAGCUGGAGGACCUUGCUCAGGUUGACUUGCAGUGGGCUAAGCCCACCUCAGAGAACUUAGGCCAUGGAAUUUUCACGUACAUGUCAGCAGUGUGCUGGCUCUUUGGGCGUUACCUGUAUGACACUCUGCAGUACCCCAUCGGGCUGAUCUCCUCCUCGUGGGCUGGGACACCCAUUGAAGCCUGGUCAUCUGGAAGGUCGCUGAGAGCCUGUGGUGUUCUGACGCGAGGGUUGAUUCAGUCUGAUUUUGUGACUGGUCCCAGUAAGUACUCUGUUCUCUGGAAUGCCAUGAUCCAUCCACUGCAUAACAUGACUCUGAAAGGGGUGAUCUGGUACCAGGGGGAGUCCAACGUGAAUUUUAACAGGGACCUGUAUAAUUGCACGUUCCCUGCGCUCAUUGAAGACUGGCGCCAGACCUUUCACCGUGGCUCCCAGGGGCAGACAGAGCGUUUCUUCCCAUUUGGAUUUGUCCAGUUGUCUUCAUAUCUGUCUGCAACCUCAGAUGACACAUUUCCCCAGAUCCGUUGGCAUCAAACAGCGGACUUUGGCUAUGUCCCCAACGCAAGGAUGCCCAGCACUUUCAUGGCGGUAGCAAUGGAUCUCUGUGAUAGGAAGUCACCUUUUGGCAGCAUCCACCCUCGAGACAAACAGACGGUGGCCUACAGGCUGCACUUGGGGGCCCGGGCUGUGGCUUAUGGUGAGAAGUUGAUCUUUCAAGGACCACUGCCUGAGAACAUGGAACUCUUGGCUGACAAGGGGCUGCUCAACCUCACAUAUUCACUGGAAAUCCAGGUGCAGAGGCAGCACAAUAUAUUUGAGAUCUCAUGUUGCAGUGACCAUCAGUGCAAGUGGCUGCCAGCUCCCCUGGACACGGUCUCAGCCCAGAGCCUGGCCCUGAACGUCCGUUCUUGCCGUGGCACCCUGGCCGCCCUGCGCUACGCCUGGGCCACGUGGCCUUGUGAAUAUAAGCAGUGCCCCCUGUACCACCCCGGCAGCGCCCUCCCGGCUCCUCCCUUCAUGGCUUUCCUGACAGACCUGAGGCCGGGGGCGCACCGCAGGCUUGCUGAAUGA